AGGUGUGAAGCAGCUCUUAGCCUGGAUAUUCAUGCAGUAUCUUCUUAGUGCAUCACGAUACAUCGGUGCCACUGGCAGCACAGAAUAUGGAGGCUCUCGAAGUUGAUGAUAUUAGCCCUGCCUUGGAAGUGACUGAAGACUUUUUCAAUAGUUUUGAUACUAAGCUUGAUAAGAUCGUACAGCCUUCAGAGGUAUAUGGUGUACAGGAAGUCCCUGAGCUGGUUGGGCAUGAGGUAUUUGAUCAGAUAACAGAGAGCAGGAACCUGAGGAAUGUCACUUCCUUAGCCAAAACUAGCCUCAUCUGGGAUCGCUGCAAAAAUGGACUUUUGGAAACCAAAGCCCAGGCAGCAUUCCCUGCCAAAGAACAGCUUGCGGUGCGGAGGGGGAGAGCUGCAGACAACCUUGCUUGGGUAGGGGAAGGAGAGACCUCAGCUUUUAACAUCUUCAAUAUCUGUCAGCGGAGGAGAGACAGGCCUCGCUCUGUGAAUGACAUCCUAGUGCAGAAUGAGGAAGCCUCCACUUUCAAGCCAGGACACAACAGAUCCCGCUCUGAUAUAAGCUGUGUGGACUGGGGAGCGCUGUUCACGGGCACCUCUCUGCAGCAGCCUCCUCCGCCUGCUCAGGACGAUAACUGCGCUCUGCUCUCUUACCUGGCAUUAACUAAAGGGGAGGACAUCCAAGGAAACACAGAACACAAGCCAACAUUCCCAAAUAUUCUGAAGAAGGGAUACUUAGAAAUUAGACGGGACAAUGACAGCUACUGGCAAACCUCUUACGCUGAGCUCUCCCCAUACGAACUCUACCUGUAUUGCCUGGACAGCAGUGGCAAUCAGACUCUUCCCACAGUGUAUCCACUCAUGCAUUUUCAAAGGGUCACUGUUACUGGUAGUAUUGAAACCAAGGUGGUGGACACUAUUCUGUCAGACAACUCACAGCUACAGCUGAAGGCAGAGUCUUCAUGGGAGGCUUUGGACUGGGGGCAGAAACUCUGGGAAGUGGUGCGUGCCUCUGUGCCAACUUUCAUGAGACAGCAAGAGAAGCUGGAGAAUGUGCCAAAGCCUGAUGAUAACAGUGACCUUCCUCAAACCAAUGGAUUGCUAGAGAAGCCCAUGGAGCUUUUUCUGUCCAUGAAUUUGACUGAAAACACUAAAGAGUACCAAAAUAUUCUCAAAUCAGGGACUCUUUAUAGGUUGACUGUCCAGAAUAACUGGAAGGCAUUUACUUUUGUCUUGAACAGAUCCUAUCUCAUGGCAUUCCAACCGGGUAGGCUUGAUGAAGACCCUCUACUGAGCUACAACAUUGAUGUGUGCUUGUCCGUCCAGACAGAUACUCAGGAUGGCUGUGACUCUUGCUUUCAGGUCAUUUUUCCUCAAGAUGUCCUCCGCCUGCGUGCAGAGACCCGUCAGAGAGCCCGGGAGUGGAUGGAGGCACUACGAACAGCAGCCAGUGCUGCUAGAAGUCUAGGUCAGGACCUGCAAGUCACACUUAGGAACAAACCUGGAGAUCGGCCUUUUGGAAAAGAUCUUAGAAAGAGCAAGCGCCAGUCUGUGACCACUAGCUUCCUGAGCAUCCUGACCACGUUGUCACUAGAGAGAGGACUCACAGUUCAGAGUUUCAAGUGUGCAGGCUGUCAGCGCUCAAUAGGCUUGUCCAAUGGAAAAGCCAAGGUGUGCAGCUAUAGUGGGUGGUAUUACUGCAGCACCUGCCAUGUGGAUGACACCUUCCUCAUCCCUGCACGCCUCGUUCAUAACUGGGACACUUCGAAAUACAAGGUGUCAAAGCAAGCCAAAGAGUUCCUGGAAUAUGUGUAUGAGGAACCGUUGAUUGACAUCCAACAGGAAAAUCCCAUGUUGUACCAGCAUGUUGAAUCUCUGGCAACUGUUGUCCGCCUGAGACAGCAGCUAAAAUCUCUCCGGGCCUAUUUGUUCAGCUGCAGAGCAGCAGUGGCUGAAGACCUGCGUAGAAGGAUCUUUCCCAGAGAGUAUCUUCUUCAGCAAAUCCAUCUUUAUUCUCUUGCAGACCUCCAGCAGGUUAUUGAAGGAAAACUGGCUCCUUUCUUGGGGAAGGUGAUCAAGUUUGCCACCUCUCAUGUGUACAGCUGCAGCCUUUGUAGCCAAAAGGGUUUCAUCUGUGAGAUUUGCAACAAUGGAGAAAUCCUUUACCCCUUUGAGGACGUUUCUACAAGCAGGUGUGAAAGCUGUGGUGCUGUCUUCCACUCUGAGUGCAAAGUGAAGGCUGUACCAUGCCCUCGGUGCGUGCGUAAAGAAUUACAGAAGAAGCAGAAAUCCUUCUGGAGGCGACUGAAUAUGGAUGAAAACUUUGAAGAGUCUUACAAUAUGUUUGAGCUGUCAUAUCAGAACACAUGACUGCCUUAAGGCAAUGGCCAGCCUGAAGAGAAUCUCUUACCCAGUUGACAGUUCAAGAAACUUCUCAACUUAGCCAGGCAGAAAUCUUUUUACAAAAUAAUAUCUGACCUUCUUCAUCUGUGAAUAGCAGCUGCCAAAGUGGCCACAAAGCCUUAUUGGCUUUGAAAUACUGAUGGCCAAAUUGCAUUUUGCGUUGAAGUCCAGCUGGUAGCUCUCAUACAAAAUGUGAUUUACUUGAAAUGCUUUAGGUCUAACUAAUUAAGCACCCAACCUUUUCUAUUCCACCUUCAGAAAAGACUUUUUCUCAAGGCAGAAAAUAUUUCUUGCCAUGACCACAUUCUUAGUUAUUAUUUUUGAUGUUGCUCAUUUAGAAUUGAUGGCUCAUCUACUUAUUUAUCUAUAUUAUUUAUUAUUAGCCUUGGCAGAGGUUUUGGUGAGGUUUGGUUUUACAGAACCAAAUAGGGCAGGAGUGGUUUUAAGCCUACCUGCUCCAUCUGACAUGGACGUGGGAUUGCAUUUCCUCAUGUUUCCAACCGGAGAGUGGUAUUUUUAAAGGAUCAAUGCGUGCAUUUGUCACUCCUCCUGAGGGAAGAAAAGUAUCUCCCAUUUAACCUUAUUCAAGAUGCUUGCAAGCCUAAGAUGCAGAAGAAUUCUUUUAGCUAUGUUUAUAUAUUUAUACCCAGCCCUGUGGAAUACUACAUAAGCAGAUAAGCAGGGAACUUACUACUAUUUUUCUUCAGUCUAGGUAUAUCAGUCAUGCUUCCUCACUGAAGUCCAUUCAGUUUUACGAUAGUUAUUCUUGGUCUAUCUGAGGCCACAUCCUCAUCUCCAGUAAGAUGAUGUUGAUUUUGAUCUCCUGCUAGUCUCACAUUUGAAGACACUGUAGGUGUUCACAUUACUUUUGAUUUUAUCACAUGAAGUUUACUUGACCUGCUUCUCUAACCUCAACGUCAUAGACUGCUAGACAGAAAAGUGUCUUGUCCUCCUUAAUUAGAAAAUAUCUCCAAAAUUGUGAAACAUAUUUAUUUCCUUUGCUGUGUUCACGUGCAAUUUGUGUCCCACAUUCUCUGGAAGCUCUAAGGAUUUUAUACUUCUAUAGUGACUUGCAUGGUGGAGAGAGAUGUUCUUCGAGGUACGGUUCUGCCUCAUUUACCUGGAACACAGGGAAGUAUUAAACACAGUACAUUGUGUAUAUUGUGAAAGAGGAGUAUGUGAUAGAUUUGAUUGGGGAAAUAUGUGUGUGUCACCACUGAUAGUAUGUUUAGUUCAUUAUGGUGUCACCUCCAGUGAGUACCUGGAGAUCCUCCUCACUUGAAUUGACAUUCUUAACUCUUUCUGCAGACCCUGCAGUAAUGUGUAUUACAUACAUAUGAAUGCAUUCAUAUAUAUGUACAUAUAUAUGUAUGUGUCUAUAGAAAGCAAAUAUGGUUUCAGGAAAAAAUCCACAGUCAUAUGCAUGUGUAUUUUUUCUCUCCUUUCACACAGGUUUGUUAAAAUGCAGAAUAUUGAUCUUUGCUUACUAUAUAAUCCAUGGGCUGUUAUAUUCAAGGCAGAAAGCAGUCUCAAUCAUUGAAGCAGCUCACUAGUCACUGACCUGUUUUAAAUAAAAGAACAGGGUACAUAAUGCUUAUGUUAAGGGCCAAGAAAGCUACAAAGAAUUGCCUUGCACUGGAGUAUAGGUAGUUACCUUUUCCAGCUUCCAGUCAAAGAAAGUAGCUGAGUCGGAGCUUUUUCAAAUGAGUGCAAGUACUAUACAUAUAGAAGCAUGUUUAUAUCUGUGUACAUUAGACAACCAGUGCCUUUCUUUUCCAGAAGUCCUCCUCACAGUGGUGUUUUUCUUUCUUUCUUUCUUUUUUUUUUUUUAAGAAGGAAGUGAGGGGUUUUUUCAUGUUCUUGGCGAAAUAGUAGAGGGAUUCCCAUAUUUAACAAAUUUGGUGAAUCAUGUACUUUUAUUACUAAAAUUAAUACUUCCUCUACACAAGGACUGCUGUGCCUCAGCUCAUUGUUUUUUAUGUGAAAUGAGUUGCUUUCAGCUAUCAUCCAUAAUGCUCCUUGCAGGUCCAUUUCCACGUGAAGAAUUCCCUGCAUGUUCACAAAUGCAAACACCAGGAGAUGUGCUGUGGAAUUAGUCAUGCAAACAGGAACUGCAGUAGUAGUGGCUGAAUAAACAGUACACUCCCAUGUUAUUUUCAGCAUGUGUCACUGAGACCAGUACUAUGGUAAAGGCAGUAGCUCAGAAACUGUCAGGACUUUGCAGGUGCUAUUUUGAGUUGGCUGCAGACAUAAUGGUGGGUCAUUUAAAGAAAAAAAAAGUGGUGUUUUUCAUACUGUAGUGUGUUGGAAUUUGAGAGCCAGUUUCUAAAAUGGAUAUAUGUUCAUUUCCACCUUGGAAAAGUAACAUAACUUCCUCUGGCAGCUGUAGGAGUAGACCGUAAUGUGGAAGAUAUUUUCUUCUCAGGGAUGCUUAGCUCCUAUCCAUAAAAAGUCAUUCUGUAUAGAUGUGCAUGGCAGAAUGUAGUGUUCUGCCUCGGAGACAGGAGUCUAAUCGUCUGUUCUUUCAAGAACAUAACUAAGACCUGAUCUUGUCCUCAGAAAGUAUGGAUGGAGUAGGAACAAACCCAGUUCAUUUUUCAGGACUGCAAGGCAAAAGAAUAAACAGAAACUACUGCUCGUAUUACUAAAGGGACAGUUUUCCUACAAAAGCCACUUGGUAGCUGGGAGGCAGCCUUGGUUUCUGUAGGUGGUUUGGCUUUCCGACAGCAGUGUUUCCAGCCACUCUCGCGUGGUUGUCUCUGCUGCCGUUACAUAGUGUUGCUGCACGCUGGUCGCCAGUGCUACUGUUUUCCCAUUCUGCUUCCCAUAGCCUGCCACAUGCUGCAGUCUGUAGACUUCUGGGUGGGCACCAGCUGGAAAAGUACCUGGGAUCUCUCCAGACUGGGUGAAUCUCUCUUCCCCACUACUCACAAGUGGAACUUAAUAUAUUGGUACUUCUCAUCUCGUUCUGUCCGUGCAUGAAGUAAGUUUGGACAAUAACAUUUCAUUGUGAAUCAAAUAGAAAACGCGCUGCUUGUCUCCUUCACAAAGUGCUGUCUUAGCUUAUGGAGGAGGCAUUGAUCCAUACAUCCAGUUACUGCUGUUACUUGCUUGUACAGAGCUUAGAAUCAUGUAGAAGUAGAGUGCUUCAUGGAAAUUGACUGUUGCCUGAUUCUUUACAACUACACAGAAUAUUUCAAAUCUCAGUUUAGUUAGUCUGAGAUUGUUUAACACAGGGCAACAUAGAGAUAUUUAUUCAACCCUUUGUCUUUUCCUCUUUCAUCCAUGCCUUUUAGCUUUCCUUUAAUGGGGGAAGGGUGUAUCCAGGGGAUGCAUACUGCAGCUUUUUUAAUAUCGUCAAACUAUAGAACAAGAAAUUCACCAAGUCUCACCGAAUUUGGAUGUCUGAAUCCGUCCUUGUCCUAAUCUGUCUGUAAAAUGCAUCUUGAGGCAUCUGUGUUUGGGCUUUUACUGGUAAACUAUUCUUGUUGAUUCUUAGCGUUCUUGCUGCACUAAAAUUAGGAAAAGGAAAAUGGCCAUUUUGGAUUCCUUUACUUCCCCUGUCCUGGAAUAUUUGGAUCUCUCAUGCAGAAAUCUUUCUAUCACCUUUCUGCGUCUGUCUUAGGUGAUGAAAAACAAUUACCUCAUGAUAUGACACAAUAUCCUGGUUGGUACUUACCAGUAUGGACUCAUUGCUGGACUGAUAGAAACUCGUAGUUUUGCUGGUUUCUUAGAUAAGUGAGAUAAGAUUCUUUCUGAUGAGGAAUUCUGAUGAGGAUGACCAUGGUACUCCACAGGCUUUGAUGGCCCUCUUAGGAAUGAAUCAUCAAGGUACCUCUAGCGAUGCUCUUGUUAAGACUUUUCUUAAUAAUUAAUACCAGGAUGCUGUGCAUAUAUUAAUUGAUUGAUGAUGAUGUCCUGCAAGACUUAAAAAAAAAAAAAAAAAAAAAAAAAAAAAGCAACAUAGGAUGUCUGAUUACAAUGAAAUGGGGAAGCUGCAAAGUUCUAUUUUGUUUUCUCCCUGUAGCAACAGAAGCAAUUGAGUUCCCUGUGCUUUCUAAGGUCAGGGGCUGGAUUACAACCAACUCUUGGUCUAUAUAAAAGGAGUUUAAUCAAAUAAUCAUUUAAUCUUAUCUCUUGUUGUCUACUGCUCUGCUGUAAGCCAAUUCCUCUCCUUUCUUCUCACUUUCUCUCUGUCAUCUCUGCUCACAGUGAUGAGUCUAAACCUAGACUUGAGGUUUUGUAGCUCAUUGUGUUGAUGUUGAACCAGUCAAGACUAAUCGUUCUCUUCUUCGUAAUUUACCUUCCAAUUUUCCCUUUCUAGUAGGAGUGCCUUACAGUACUGUAUAUUAGCAUCUAUCUUCCUAUUUUGGAUUUCCUGAUUGAAUCUGCUUUUGAUUAACUUGUAGACUUAAACCGAAGCUGUCCCAUGGUUGCACAGGCUGCUUUGCAGGGGCAGCUGAGUGAAUCAGUUUGCUUGUUUUGCCCUCAUGAAUUGAGCUCUACAGACUACAUACAUCAGCUCUGAUAUCACCAAGCUGCAUGGAAACCCUUCACUUUUGCUUAACUUGGUGCCUUAAAUUUUCAAAAAUGAAGACUCCUGGCAGUUCCUGUCUUGCUAGGUAGAUAACCAUAAAAUUUAUUUACUAUCUCUGCUUUGAGAGGAAAAGAUGGGAAAGGUUAACAUGGAGAAGGUACUGAUUUUGAUUACCGAUAUUCUGGAGAAUAGCUGGGCUUCUCUUCAGCAGCAAAUGAAGUUGUGCUUACAUGAGACCUUUAGGAGUUUUACAUUAUAAUACUCAGAAGCAUUGGGCAUGGGAACAGGCUUAGGUCAUGAGACCACUGGCCAGUGCAUGCUACAUGGAGAGGGUGUCCUACCUGGCCUCCCUGCCCACGCUGCAGCGUGGGGUCAGUACUGUGGUGGAAAAGGCAUUGCCUCAAAGCCAGGUUUGACUGCAGCCUGGUUCUCUGAAGGCUAAUCCAGCAAGAAUUUGGGCAGUUUUAUGUUAGCGAGGGGGUUAUCUGCUUAAAUUUUAGCAAAUAAGCAGCUAACCCUUUUAGUGUGUGUUUUUCGGUCCUGGGCAUAUGUCUAUACUGAUUGUGAUCUGUUAAGUCCACUUUUGACACCAGUAGCAGGAAUCCCAUUUGAAAAUGGCAGUCCUGUCACUGCAUUUUAGCAGUGAAGUGAGGAGACAGCCCAGAGGAUAAUGCGCGUGGUCCUUCAUUACUUGAAAACCACAGUGUGCACACUGAUUUGGGACAUAUCUUCAAAUGCCAUUUGCCUCCAAAUCCCUUAGGGUAGUCAUUAAUCCAAAUCACAAGGACACCUCUCAUGGGCAGCACCAGAGCAGUCCAGGCCUGGAAAGCUAUUAACUGUCUAGGACCAAAGUGUAUUAAGCUUUGUCUUCAUACUGAAGCGUUAAUGGCUCAAUUAUUUAUUUAUUCAUGCCUAAUCGCUGCUUUAAAGUAAUAUAAAUCCUUGAAUACACACUGCUGUUUCAGUGGAAAAAGGAUUUAUUUCAGUUUUGCUUAUGCACUUGUCUACGAAGUUGAUCUUGUUUAAAAAGGUGUUUGUUUUCAAACUGAUUUUUAAUGACACUGACACCUAUUAUAUAGCAGGUUAGCCGUAUAAUCCCUUCUGUACUUGAGCUAAACAAAGUAAAAAUUCAUUAGCAAAAAGGAUGUUUGAAAGGUUUUGCACCUAAACUAUAAAGACAGCUUCAAAACUGACUUCAGAGCAAUUUGGUGGAAUGGGUGAAGCUGGGUCUGACCGACAGAGAGCUGAGCUGCCUCUGUCUGUGUCGAUCUGGGCUUUCCUUCCCUCCUGAGCUCCCAGGUCGCCUACAGCACUUAUGGAUGGAUUUUAGCAUUAGUGGCAGUGCACCCCAAAUUUUUUGGAAACCACUAUGUGUUGCUGUACUCUAUCUGUUAACUUAUUGGCAACAUCAUUAUUUGUGUUCGUUGCUCUUGUUUGUUUCGGUUUAUUUACUUUUGACAAGGAUUUUUUAAAUUAAUCUGCAACUGUUGGGCAAUAGUCUUAAUUUAUUAUUGAUGUGUAAUGACAUUAUAAUUUAAAUUAAGUGAGUUGAAUUGCUUGUUGACACUUGAGCAGGGUUUCUUUGGGUCAUUUGUGACAGCAUCAGAGCAGCAGUCCCUCGUGUAUAAAGGCAACUCUCAAUAAAUACUACAAAAACA